AGAGCGAAAGUAAGUUAGUGUCGUUCAAGUCAUGGUGGGGAAGGUAGUGUCUCUCCUCGCUCUCGCGGCAAUCGCCCUUAGCGGCGUUGCCAACAGUCACGAGCAAGAGGUGGUGUGUUAUUUGGCCUCGUGGGCUGUGUACCGGCCGGGCAUGGGGAAAUAUAACAUCGAAGACGUCGAUCCUUCCCUCUGCACGACGCUUAUCUACUCUUUCGCCGGUUUGAAUGAGACUACCUAUACCAUGACGUUGCUCGACCCGGAGUAUGACGUCAACAAGAAGGCCCUCGAGCGCUUCGUGAACCUCAAGAGCCUGAACCCCCGCCUGAAGGUUCUCAUCGCGAUCGGCGGCUGGACGGAAGGUUCAACCAAGUACUCCGCGAUGGCCAUGACCAGAGCCUCGAGGAAGAAGUUCAUCGAUUCUGCCAUUGCUUUCAUCCAGCACCACCGCCUCGACGGCCUCGACCUUGACUGGGAGUACCCUGCCAAUCGAGGAGGAGCGCCCGAGGACAAGGAGAAUUUCGUCUAUUUGGUGAAGGAACUCCGCCAAGCCUUCCGCCCCUACGGCUGGAUGCUGACCGCUGCCGUGGCCGCCGGGAAAUCGACCAUCGACACGGCCUACGACAUCGACGACCUGGCCAAUAACCUGGACUUCUUGCACAUCAUGGCCUACGACUACCACGGCAAGUGGGACGGCCGCACGGGCCACAACGCGCCGCUCUACUCCAGGGAGGAUGAGCCCGAGGCUGAGAAGAUGCUCAAUGUGGCCUCGACCCUCAAGGUCUACCUCGACGAAGGAGCACCUCCCGAGAAGCUGGUCCUCGGCGUGGGCUUCUACGGGAGGACCUUCACCCUCGAGGACCCCCAGAACAACGGCAUCGCGGCGCCCACCCUCACCAGCGCCCUUGCUGGACCCUACACCAAGGAGGAAGGGUUCAUGGGUUAUAAUGAGAUCUGCGAGAAACAGACCACGGAGCAAGGCCUGUGGACCCUCGUGUGGCAGAAGACCCACCAAGUCCCCUACAUGAUUCGCGAUAACAUGUGGAUUGGCUUUGACGACCCCAUUUCCAUCAGCCUCAAGGUCGCCUACGCCCAGAAGCUCGGGUUGGGCGGCAUCAUGGCCUGGGCGAUCGACACGGAUGACUUCAAGGGCGUCUGUUCCGAUACUUUUGCCAGGUACCCCCUCCUCCGAGCCAUCAACAAGGCCCUGACGGCGAAUGUGGAAAACCGACCGAGCAAGACGCCUGUCAAACCCAGCCUGGAUGAUGAUGACUUCGAUGACAGGUUUGAUGACUCCAACACCUUGGACAGUCGGGAACAUGAGUCUGGCAGACCAUCCCGUGUCGGAGGCCGAGGAGGGUCUUCUGCUGCCACUCCUGCAGCUACGGUUGUUUUGGCACUCCUGCUCACUUCUUUGGCUGCUCGCUAAAGGAGGUCUUACGGUUGGCACUCCUGCUCACUUCUUUGGCUGCUCGCUAAAGGAGGUCUUACGGUUGGCACUCCUGCUUACGGUCCCUCUUCACAACGUCCCAAAGGCCUUUCGUAAAUUCCUGUUUUUUUGGGUUUUUUUUCAGAGUCUUCGAGAAGUUUAUUUGUUUUCAACUAUUUCGUUCCUUAAAGAAUCGUUGGUUAUUUUUCUUUUUCUUCUUUUUUCUAAACACGUUCGGUUUAGAAAUAUCCU